AUGAUCAGCGAAUGGGAGAAUUGCUGUCAGAGGAUCAGAAAACAGAGGGCUAGAGAGCCAAGGGCCCAAGAAAGGAAGAUUGCAGAGGGGAAGUCAAGUAAGAAUGGAAAGUCAGUCAGAAUAUGCAAUACCAGCUAUUCCUUUCAGAACGAGGAUUCCCUGUGUUGCCAAGAAGAUUCAUGUUCUGCUUCUCCGUUGGGGAUAUGGACCAAAUUCUACAAAUCGGAUCCACGCAUUGCCCUUGGGAAAUACUCGCCCUUGGAAAAAGAGAUCCUACGUCUAGGUGGCAUUCACACCAUAGCAGCAAGAAGGUUUUUGUCUCAUAAGCAAGAGGAAGAACGAAAAAUGCUCAAGGAACUUCAAUUGCUGUCUCCAGACUACAAACGGGCAAUGGAAUAUAAAAAAGACCAUUCCUGUCAAUGUUCUACCUGCGGGCCCCUAGAAAAAAUAUGGACAGCCAAGGUGAUUGUGCUCCCAGAGGAGUUUAAAAUGCCACAACGAGAGAAGAUCAACGUCAGCAGACACGUAGAAAGGAUGCAGCUUGCUCGAGCCCUGGGGAAUAAGCAGCUUUUACCCAAUGUCGAAAGGCUCAGGAGAACUUCUUUCCUGUCUGGAGCAAAAGGCAAGGCCAGGGAAAAGGAGGACGACUGUGACAAUGAUUAUCGUGACAAUGUUAAGCAAGGGGAGAAAGAGGAGGCAGAGCACAGAAACACAGAAAGACGAGAGAUAAAAAUGAACGUAGUUUUCAAGUCAGAACAACCCAAAAAAUGUUUAGCUCACCAUCCAAAAGAUUGCAAGCCAUUCCUCCCCACGAAGAAACUGGAACGGUCCAUCACAGGCCUAACGAACCGAAAUGUGUUUCGCUUGGCUGAAUUCCCUGGAGACCUAAUGCUAAUGAAGCAGGAUUUGAUAUCACGGGGACCCCACCCCAGUGAUGUGACCGAUGCCUACGGCCUAGAAGAAGAAAGUGUCUGGAAAGAGUACAUGUGCAAAGCUGAUGCUUACCAUUAUUAA